UAGUUCAGGGAAGGACUUGCUCACCUGCUCCUCCCCUCUGACUCAAGUCCUAACAAGUAACCUGGUUCCCCUGGGCCGGCAGGCAGCCUAGGAGGAAAGGCAGGCGGGCCAGCAGGCGGCCCAGAGGGAGGGGCGGCCAUCGCGGCGGCAACAGCAAGUGGAGCCUGAGCCAGGUCACAGAGAGAGCAGGGGAGGCCGGCCUGUGGCCUGGGACUCCCUGCGGCGACAUGCGACACCCCGCAGCCCCCUGACCUGGGAACAGGGGCUGUCUCUGGGAUCCUGGACUCAACCCCAGGAGCAGCUGGGGAAACUGCAGGCCACCGCCACAUCCUGGCUCAGGUUGGGAACCGGGUCACCCCUCCCUACUCUGUGCCCCCGCCUCCCAGAAAUCCACCAUGGAGAGUAAGGAUGAGGUCAGCGACACCGACAGUGGCAUCAUCCUGCAGUCUGGCCCCGACAGCCCGGUGUCCCCGCUGAAGGAGCUGGCGCCCGCGGGCCGCGAGCAGCAGAGGGCCCUGGAGGCGCGGCUGGAGGCGCGGCUGGAGGAGCUGAGGAGGCUGUGCCUCAGGGAGGCGGAGCUGACGGGGCUGCUGCCCGCGGAGUACCCCCUCAGGCCCGGGGAGAAGGCGCCCAGGGUGCGGCGCAGGGUCGGGGCGGCCUACAGGCUGGACGAGCGGGCCCUGCGCGGAGAGGACCCGCUGGGCGGCCUGGAGCGCGAGCUGGCGGUGCAGCGGCAGAUCGCGGCGGCGGCGCGGCGGCUGUGCGGCGAGGACCACCUGAGCAGGCAGGCGCGGCGGCAGCGGAAGCACGCGGUGCAGCGCGAGGAGGAGAAGCUGAGGGCGCUGCAGCGCUGCCUGCGGGAGCGGAGGCGCUCGGCCGGGGCGGCCCCCGCCGCGCGGGCCCUGGGCCGAGAGCUCAGUGCCUCAGAUGACAGCUCCCUCUCCGAUGGGCUACUCCUGGAGGAAGAGGAAUCCCAAGUGCCAAAACCGCCCCCAGAGUCCCCAGCUCCACCUUCCCGGCCUCUUCCACCCCAGAGCCUCGAGGGGUUGCAGCCAGCAGGAUCUGAGGCUGGGGGCCUGGAGCGGGCUCCCAUCCAGAACAGCCCCUGGAAGGAGACCAGCCUGGACCACCCCUAUGAGAAGCCCAGAAAGUCUUCCGAACCCAAUAGCGAGUCCAGCAGCCCAGCCACUACACCCCAGGAUGGGCCCAGUACCUCCAGCCUGUGGCUGCUGGAGCCUGCUUCCUACCACGUGGUUCCCAUCCGCAGUGUUCCUGGCCAGCGGCAGGGCCGCACUAGUGCCCCAGCCACCCCCGAGAUGCAGGGGAGGAGGGGCCAGUCGCAGUCUCUGAGGACGGACUCCUUCCGGGCGGGUCCCGAGGGCCGAGGUCGCAGCGCCUUCCCCCGCCGCCGCCCCACCCACUACACGGUGACGGUGCCGGACUCCUGCUUCCCCGCCGCCAAGCCCCCGCUGCCGCACCCCGCCUACCACUCCUGCUCCGAGGACAGCGGCUCCGACGUCUCCAGCAUCUCGCACCCCACGUCCCCGGGCAGCAGCAGCCCCGACAUCUCCUUCCUGCGGCCCCUGUCCCCGCCCCGCCGCCCGCCGCCCCCGCCCCGCGGGGCCUGGGCCGCGCUCCACCUGCAGCCGCCGCCCGCGCCCUUCCCCGCCGCGCGCUACGUGCUGGUGGCCGAGGGGCCCCUCCCGCCGCCCGCGCUGGGCCCGGCCUACGACGGGGAGCCGCUGCGCUGGCAGCGCCCGGGGGCCUCCCGCAGCCGCCCGGGGCGCUCGCCGUCGCUCAGGGACAGCCCCGCGGGCCGCGCGCUCAGCAGGGCCGCCGUCUCCGAGGAGCUCAAGUCCUGGCACGAGCGCGCGCGCCUCCGCAGCGGCCGCCCGCACUCGCUCGACCGCCAGGGCGCCUUCCGCGUGCGCAGCCUGCCCCCCGGGAGGGAGGGCUGCGGCCGCGCCCCGGGGCCCCGGAUGCAGGUGGCCACAGUGUAUGUGCCCCGGAGAUCACCCGAAGGGGCCCCCGUGCAAGUCUUUGUGCCUGAGAAGGGCGAGAUCAGCAGCCAGGUGUAACCAAGGCCAGUGUCACCGUGUGCCCCAAAUGCCUUGGCCCAGUUGCCGGAAAAGACUGAUCUACAGCGGGGCUGGCGCUGAGCCCUCCCACCUUGAGUGCCUUCUUCAGCUCCUUUACCCCCAUCGCAGGUCGAUGAGCCGUGGCUGAGCCUUUCCCCCCCCCCCCCCCCCCCCUUUUUUUUAAUGGUUUUUGUUCAGAAUCCCUGGCAUUAGGAUUUAUAUUUUGUGAUUUGUCCUCAAGAUCCCUAUAAUAUGAUGAUGCUUUAUUCCCCAGAGGUUGGUCUACUAGACUUGAGGCCUUGCCUGUCUGAUGGCAUUUGUCUCCUUCUGCAAGACAGGUGGCAGGGGACGCAUGAGGAAGAGGGGGCCACAUUGAGCUUCCUCACAGACUCUACCCUCUGGUUCAGAGAACAUCCCCAGAGAACAGCACCUGUCUCCCUGCAGCUGGAGGCAUGCUAGUGUGGCUCCCCCGCCCCCAGUUUCCCAGAGAGCUGGGUGCUGUCGGGGUGCCUGGGGAGGGAACGAAUCUCCUUCCCCCUUUGUAAUGUGCUCUGUGAUGCACACAGGAAGUGGUAUGGCAAAGAUCAUACAUCCUGGUGGAGUGUUGUCUUCCUGGAGGGACCCCACUAUUUUUCUCACCCCGUAACCCCCACACACACAUAUGUAGGGGUCCCAGUCACUCACCAUAUGCCUUCUGUGCCUUCUGGGCUCCUGCAACCACUCAGACCUCUGAGCCUUGAAAGUGAGGCUUCACCAGAUUGUAGCAUUCGGCAGCCCGGGCUAGGGGCUGGCCUGUGCUAGCCCUCGUUUGGUGGAGGGCAGCUCACGCUCUGACCACUUUCUCUGGGCAUCGGGAAGGCUUGCAACCCCACCUUUUUCAUUAUAGUCCUAAAAGCAACACCUUCCAGAUAAUUUUGGAAAGGCACCAUGUUUGUGGCAUGUUCACAUGGGAGGAGGUAGGGGUCACUGCCCCUUCUACUCCUUACCCAGCUUUGCUUCUGCUAUGAGACUGGAUUUCCUUGAAACGGGGCAAGUCCUUAUUUUUACAACCAGGGGAAUACUCACGCUUAAGGGUGUUCACUAAUGGUCCCAUCCGCUGAGACUUGAGCAGGCCUGGAAACUGGUUGUGCUCAGACCAUCCCAUAGUCCCUGGGUUCUCAUCCUAGAGCCCUUUUGCCCUCAGAUCCCCUGCUCCCAGGACAAUGCACCGAGCAGAGGCGAGGGAGGUCUAGGGAGGGCUGAGUUCUGGUUCUGCCCCUGCAGAACCCUUUCCCCUCCAGGGCCCUGGACUUGGACAGAGACUACGAGAACAGCUUAAACCUCCGAGAACACGAUGCCUGACCCUGGUGAAACACAGUUCUCCCCACUGGACAGAAGGCCGUGUCGCCAACUGCACGAGGUUGCCGAGGGGGCGAUGUAGGUGGCCUGUCAGGAAUGUGGGGAAAGAGAAGAGAGCCUGAGAGGCAGCACCUGUAUUUCUGUCACUGCGCUCUUCCCACAUCCUGCAGCUCCCCCACUUUUGGGGUGGACUGUGGCCCCGUUAACUUUCCGAUGUCCUCCUCUGGAUUCUGUUCUUUCGUUUUGUCUCUAAGCCCCUUUCACGGGUGUAUGGGCAGCUCCCCUCCCCGUGUCCUCCCGGGAGCCCAGAGCUCCCCUAGGCUGAGCCAGGAGACAUCCGAGCACCCCACACACAUGAGCGUCCUUUAUGUUAACUUAUUGGUCCUGGGCAAUGCCUGGUACAGUUGCAGGGGCUGCCUCCUAGGCUGCGAGGCUGGAGCUGUGGGGGUGUGGUGCCAAGUAUAUCAAUAAAGUCUGUGCCUUGUGAUGGAUCGAGGUGA